AUGUCCCUGCAGGCACCCACAGAUCUGCUCUGGCCUCAGGUGGUGAAGCUGGUGGUGCUGCUGCUGUUCCAGCUGUGUGCCCACGGCCACGCUCCCCACACCUCCCCACUGCCCCGCAGCUGCCCCAUCGCCUGCAUCUGCACCUCCGACCUGCUCAGCUGCAGCCGGCAGACACUGCAGCACGUGCCCCGGGUGCUGCCACCCACUGCCACCACACUGGACCUCAGCCACAAUGCCCUCACCCAGCUCCAUGAUCGCUGGCUGGCUGCCCUCCCACACCUUGAGGCCCUCCACGUAAGCCACAACCAGAUUAAGGACCUUUCUCCGCAGGCUUUCCACAACGCUUCCUCCCUGAGGCACCUCGACCUGUCCUCCAACCACCUGCAGGCUGUUGAGAUGCACUACUUUGAUGCACUGGUGAGCCUGGAGGAGCUGCUGCUCUACAACAACCGCAUCACACGAGUGGAUGAAAACGCCUUCACCAAGCUGAGCGGCCUGCGGAAAGUCUACCUGAGCUGGAACAACCUAACCACCUUCCCCUUCCACUCCGUUCAGGGGCUGGGGAACUACAGCCUCCGCACGCUGGACCUGUCCUCCAACAGCCUGAGCAGCAUCCCCGUGGAGGAGCUGGCAGCUCUGCCAGAAAACAUCAGGAACGGCUUGUACCUGCACAACAACCCUGUGAGGUGCAGCUGCCCGCUCUACCUGAUGCUCCAGCGCUGGAAGCAGCGAGGUUUCAGCUCUGUGAAGGAUUUCUUUGAGGAACACACCUGCAAGGUGUCUGACAACGUGCCCCGCUCCUUGAUCAAGUUCCUCAAAUACAACCACGUGUUUGAGAACUGCUCAGUGAGCCCUGAAGACACCCACCCUGUGCCCUCCCCUGUGAUGGUGGGCCAGACCCUCCUGCUCACCUGCAACACCAGCCUGCCAGCCUCAGCCACCACCUACAUGUGGAUUUCUCCUCACCACGAGCCCAUCAAACACCCAGGGAACAGCAACCGCUCCUUGGAGGUUUACCGCAAUGGCAGCCUAAAGAUUGCCAUGGCCAAGCCCUGGCACUCGGGGGUCUAUGUAGGCUUGGCCAUCCACAGCCCCCGCAACUUCAGCAGGCUGUGUGAAGUCAAUGUGACAGUGCACUACCCCAAGCCAGACGGGGAGACCUUCAGCACUGGCCUCACGACACUGCUGGGGUGCAUUGUGAGCCUGGUGCUCGUGAUCAUCUACUUGUACCUCACCCCCUGCCGCUGCCUGAGCUGCUGCAAGAAGCCAGCUCCUCUCAGCCCCCCGCAGGAGUGCAGUGCCCAGUCCUCCAUCCUCAGCACCACUCCCCCCGCCACUGACGGCCCAAACCGCAAGGCCAGCGCCAACAAGCAUGUGGUCUUCCUUGAGCCUGUCAGGGACACGCAGAACGGCAAGAUCCGCCUGGCCCUCGGCGAGGACCUCCCUGACCCCAAGCACCCCAAGGUCCUGCAGCUCAAGUCAGACUCGGAGUCCAUCAGCUCUGUCUUUUCAGACACCCCCAUUGUGUCAUAG